AUGGAUAAAUCUUGGAUAACUAAGCCCCGAAAUACAGUUGAAUACUUAAUUGGUUUGCAAAAAUUCUUAGAUUUUGCUUUUGAGAAUGGGGCCUCUGGAGACACAAUUCGAUGUCCAUGCCCCAAAUGUGGGUUUGUGAAAUGGCAAGCUAGAGGCAUAGUUGAGGAGCACUUGAUUUUAAAACAAUUUCCCAUAAAUUAUGUUAUUUGGAAUCUUCAUGGUGAGAGGCAAAGACAAGAUAUUUCUAGAAAUGAAGAUGAGUCACAAGAGACAUUUCAUUUUGAAAAUCCAAUGGAAACAAUGAUAAAUGAAGCAUUUGGACAUUAUAGGCAAGAAGGUACUAAUAUAGGCAGAUCACAACCAUUGGGUGAAGAUGAUGUUAUUAAUGAAAGGCCAAGGGAGAAUCAUAAUGAAUUUAAUGAGUUUCUCAAUGACGGAAAUCAAAUAUUGUGUGACGGGAGCAAGUACACAAAAUUAGAGUUUGUAAUCAAAUUAUAUCAUAUCAAGGUUUUGUGUGGAUUAAGUGACAAGGCAAUGACUAUGAUCCUAGAUUUGCUAAGAGAUGCAUUUAGUGAAGCAAAGUUGCCUCUUUCUUUUUAUGAGGCUAAGAAAAUCAUCAACAAACUUGGUCUUAAUUAUACCAAAAUAGAUGCAUGUCCAAAUCAUUGUAUGUUAUAUUUAAGAGAUGAUGAAAAGGAUUUGCAAACAUGCAAACAUUGUGGUACAUCUAGAUGGAACCCAAAGAAGAAAAAAAAACAACCUGCAAAAGUUUUACGUUACUUUCCUUUGAAACCAAGAUUGCAAAGAUUGUUUAUGUGCUCUAAGACUGCAGAACAUAUGAGAUGGCAUUCUUCAGAGAACAAGGAUGGAGUUAUAAGGUAUCCAAUGGAGUUACAACCCCUUGUGGAUGAGUUACGUGAGCUAUGGAAUGAUGGGGUGGAGACCUUUGAUUCUUCAUUGAAUGAAACUUUUAGAAUGCGAGCAGCUCUUAUGUGGACAAUUAGUGACUUUCCUGGCCUUGGUAUUUUAUCUGGUUGGAACACACACACAGGUUUAGCUUGCCCUACUUGUAACUUUGAUGCAGAACCUUGUCGUCUUCCUCAUAGUAGGAAGUGGUGUUUUAUGGGACAUCGUCGCUUUUUAAGUAGAAACCAUAGAUUUAGAUUGAAUCGUGUUCGCUUUGAUGGAAGCACUGAAGAACGAAAUCCACCACUAAAAUUAUCAGGAUCUGACAUUUUUAGGCAAGUGGAAAAUAUUAAUGUUACAUUUGGGAGAGGAAUUCAUUUCACACUUCAUGCUACUAUACCAAUAUUUGAUUCGUAA